CGCCCCUGCUCUCGCGAGAUGGGCGGGGCGCGGCGAGACAUCCGGGAGCGGCGCGGCAAGAUGGCGGUGGAAUCGCGGGUGACGCAGGAGGAGAUCAAGAAGGAGCCGGAGAAGCCUAUCGACCGAGAGAAGACGUGCCCGCUGCUGCUUCGCGUCUUUACCACCAACAAUGGGCGGCACCAUCGCAUGGACGAGUUCUCCCGCGGCAACGUGCCCUCCAGCGAGCUGCAGAUCUACACCUGGAUGGAUGCUACUCUGAAAGAGCUGACCAGCUUAGUGAAAGAAGUUUACCCAGAAGCGCGGAAGAAGGGCACGCAUUUCAACUUCGCAAUUGUUUUCACAGAUCUCAAGAGGCCUGGCUAUAGGGUGAAGGAGAUUGGCAGCACCAUGUCGGGCAGGAAGGGCACAGAUGAUUCCAUGACAUUGCAGUCUCAGAAAUUCCAGAUAGGAGACUACUUGGAUAUAGCAAUUACUCCUCCGAAUCGUGCACCGCCCCCAUCGAGCCGCAUGAGACCUUACUAAAGUUUUGCUUCUCUUUGAUUACGUGUUCUGUUUACUCCUACUUGCUGUUCUAAAGCAGGCUUAUUUUUUUGCUUUUGUUGCUAAGCACCUGAAGACAAAGCUGAGCAUUGUAGAAGAAAGUUAUCUCUUAAACAUUAACUUUUAGUUUGUUUAGAAGAAACCACUUUUGCAACUCCAUCAUCUUAUUCCUGAUUGUUCUAGUUUGAAUAGUAAGUUAGUGUGUCCGGUGUUUUGAAGACUUCCAUGAAAUAUGACCAGGAGGAUUACAGGUGUUCUGUCUUGUUUGGAAUAAAAAUUGAUGUUAUUAA